AUGUUUUUCUCACCAGUGGCUGUGUCCCAGUGGAGCCCGGCGUUUGUGGAAGACCUUCUGCCGGCUGCCGAAAAGACAGCGCUUCUCUACCGCCUCUCGUACCUGUGCCUGGCCAGCUUCCCCAGCCUGGAGAGGCUCAUCCGGAGGCGCGCUGUGGAAACUCAGCUUCUGUUCGGAUCCUCGGACGCAACUAUGUUGAAAUGUAUUUUGACCAGUGAGAACCUGGUUCAGUCGCUGUUUCCCAUGUUGGCGAACGCUGUGGAGAAAAACAAGCCGGUUUUGGCAGUCAAAUUCCUAGGGAAAGCACGAGUCUGGAUCAAAGACAUUAUCACUGAUGUGGACAGGAUAGUGGAAAAGUACGAUUUACACAACAAAGAUGUAGCAUCGUCCACCAGUGAUGUUGUCAAGGAAAAAAAAGAUACAGAUAAAAAGAUUACUGAACAAGACCACAAGUUGAAGCAGACUGAAAAAACCCUGGAUGAUCUGAAAUCUGAACUCCAGAAAACCACACAAGAGCUCGAUGAAACUGAGAAAAAGAUAAACCGCAAAAUCCAAGAGAUUCAAGUAUUUGCCAGAUCCAUAACCAAAGCAAGUAGAGGCCUCGGCAUCUUCGCUGCGAUCGUUCCAUUCGUCGGGCUAAUUGUUAAAAGCAUUUAUAAAGCUGUGCGUGACCCUGGAAAUGUUGCACGUAUGAAGGCUCUUGAAGCUGAACUGAAUCGCCUCCUCGCUGAAAAGACCGCUCUCAGACAGAAGCAGUGGCAGGUCCAACUGAAGAUCGUUGAUGGGCAGAUGAAGGUUGCCAAAGCCAGUUUUGAACGGAACUCCAUACCCGACCCCGUCCAUCUAAAGGAUGUCCAGAGUGGCUUGACAAAGAUUCAGGCAAUUCUGAUUCAGCUCAAACACUUCUGGGAGAGCGUUGCUCAGAUGCUGGACUACCUGGAACAGAAGACCUUUGUGGGAGAAGAUCUUAUUGAAGACCUUGCCGAACUAAAAGAUGAAUUUCUAGCAUCAAUCAAAUCAGCUGAAGAGGCUUGGAACAGUUUUGGUGCAGGCUGUAAAAAAGCAUCAGUCAUCUUUAAGCUCCAGACCAAAGAUGCCUACAGGUUUCUGGAGGUCAGCCCUUCCUCUCUCUCCAAGGAGGCGUGGGAAAAGGAGUACGAAAGUGUAAAGAAACGACUGGAGAAAAUAGACCCACCACAAAGUGUGACGUCCUCUGCUACACCUGCCCUUUCUAAAUGAUCUACAGAGCGUGACUCGCACAAGUGCG